AAUAAAAACAAAAGGGAAAAACAAAAUCUACAAGAACAGAAGAGGAAAUAACAAAAUCUCUUUCGAAAAUCUCUACUGUUUCUGCGAUAUAACUUGCGAAACUCUCUGCUGUUUCGGAUCGCAAUCGAUCUCUCACUGAAUGGAAAGGAAAUAACAAAAUCUCUCAACUAAAGGAAGUCUCUCGCUAAUCUCAAAUUCGUCACGUCAAAGCCUGCUGAAUCUUCAGACUCGCGAUCCACAACUAGCGCUAAUUAGCUCCUUCACAACCAUGAAUGGAGAAGAGCCACCUUUGGAAAGAAGACUCACGACAGUGCUGAUGCUUCCUGAUGAUUUGGUAUUGAAUUGCUUAGCCCGUGUCUCGAGAUUGUAUUACCCGACUCUCUCCAUGGUAUGCAAGAGAUUCCGCUCGCUUCUUGGUUCAAUGGAGCUUUACCAGACUCGAACCCUUUUGGGUCGCACCGAGAGUUGUCUAUACGUGUGCUUAUCGCUCUCUACCGACUCUAAUCCACUACGUUGGUUCACUCUCUGUCAGAGACCACAUAGCUCAACAAAAAGUUUGGUUCCGAUUUCACCUCCUAAUAAUCUUUGUGCAUCAUUGGCGGAUGUGGCAGUGGUUGGUCCUAAUAUCUACGCUAUUGGUGGAUUGAUAAAUCGCAAAGAUAACAAUGCUAAUGCUUCGUCUAGCGUCAUGGUCAUGGACUGUCGUUCUCACAAAUGGCGUGAAGCCCCUAGCAUGGGGGUAGCCCGUGUGUUCCAAUCUACUUGCGUCCUUGAUGAGAACAUUUAUGUAAUAGGAGGCUGCGAAAAUCUCAAUUCAACGAAUUGGAUGGAAGUUUUUGAUACGAAUAGCCAAACUUGGAAGUUUUUGCAGAUUCACAGCGAGGAGAUAUGCGUAGGCUCUGAGUACAAAAGCGUUAGUUAUGAAGGAACCGUCUAUGUGAGGUCUGAGGGAAAAGACGCGACUUAUAAACUAAAUAAAGGUAGGUGGAGAGCAGCAGACUUAGCGAUGAAUAAUGGAUGGGGUCGUUCGUCAUCUCAUUGUGUGAUAGAGAAUGUGUUCUACCGUUAUAAUGGCAUGACUGUUGAUUGGUAUGACUCCAAAGAUAGGUUAUGGAGAACUUUAAAGGGUUUGGAAAUAUUGCCAAGGUUAUCUCGUUGUGGUCAUGUUAAGUUGACGGAUUAUGGUGGGAAAAUGGCGAUUUUGUGGGAAGAGUUUGGGUUUGUUAACAACCACAAGGAGAGAAUAAUUUGGUGUGCUGAAAUUGCCAUUGAAAAACGCCAAAAUAAGGAGAUUUGGGCAAUGCUAGAGUGGUUUGACGCUGUAUCUACAAACAAUGAGCCAUAUAGUUUAGCGCAUGCUCUUGUUACUACCAUUUGAUGAAUACGCUGCUAUGAGGAUGUGGCGCCUAUAUAGUGCGUCAAUGGAUCAUCUCCAGACUCACCGAGAGAGGCCUUCUCAACAUUUUGUUACGAAAUCUGGAUUUUUAUUUAUUAUGGCAUUUGUGUGUGUUUUGAUUAGUGAAUUCGCUUAUUUGAAUAACGUAACUUUCGGUUUUGAUUAUCUUUAUUUUCGGUAAUAUAAAAAGAAAAGCAAUUAGUCAAAUGAGUGUAUAUACAAUGUUGAACUUAAUUUCAAUCAAA